CAUGCCUCACAAAGACACCUGACCCACACAGGAGAAGUUUGUUUGAGCUUUCUUCGCAUCAGCGAGGAGUAAUCUUCUCAACCUGACUUUCCAAUUUUAUCUUCUCGCCACCUGCAGAUGACCUUGCGACCACAACAUGAGUAUACGGAAACUGAGUUUCAAGUGGUUUGGAAACCUCAAAAACAUCUCCUUCCGUCGCUCUGCUGACAAAUCAGAUGCCAAGGUGAAGUCUGGCGCUGGAGCGGGUCAUGUGCCCAGUUGUGAGGCUGUGGACGACAUGGGUGCAAUGCGUCCUCGCACUGCCAGCUAUGUCCGCUCCAGUGAAAACUACACACACAUGGGUACGCUGCCACGGCUCCUGAUGAAGAAGGACCAGAAUAACAAAGGGGCCCCAAAUAACAAUAACAAGAGUAAAAGCAAGUCCCCAAGCCAGCGAGCUGCAGGGGAGCGAGACUGUGGUGGGCCGGUGAUCACGGACUCCUUUGUGGCCGAGAGUAACAUCAGCGCUGGAACUCAGCUUAACUCACUAACUACUCGUAAGACCCAACCUGAGCUACUGUGUGGAAAAAAUAUCUGCAGCACUGAUCUCCCAGCAGCUUGUGAAGAUUUGUCGCCAUCUGGUGGUUUGAAUAGUGCACUGCCACCACAGACUUCUGACAGGCCAGACAUCAUCCAGGCAAGUGCACAUUUGGACCAUGAACACCUGAAGGAAAUUACAUCAGCUCCAGUCAGCCAUGAAGACGAUAGACCUGAUUUUGGAUUAGAGAAUGAAGUGAAGGAGAGCGCAGAGCUAAAAGAACCACCAGGAAACCGAGAGGGUGGAAGAACUGGCAGCUGCAUGGAGCCCGCAGAGAGCUGUGAAGAAUACGUUCAGUUCUCCAAGGAGAAGUACCUGCUGGAGUCUCCUCCUGAGAAGCUGCGUAAGGAGUUGGAGGAGGAGCUGAAACUGAGUCCCACUGACAUCAGGAGCCAUGGCUGGUACCAUGGACACAUACCUCGAGAGGUGUCAGAGACUCUGGUGUUGCGUAAUGGAGAUUUCCUGGUACGUGACUCUCUGACCAGUGCGGGGGACUACGUGCUGACCUGCCGAUGGGAUAAUGAGGUGUUGCACUUCAAGAUCACCAAGGUCUUAGUCAAGUCCAAUGACACCAAAGUGCAGUACAUGUUGGAGUCAGACACCUUUGACUCGGUUCAGGAGCUUGUACGGUUCUACGUGGGCCAGCGCCAGCCAAUCUCCCAGUCCAGCGGGGUUCACAUCUACUGUCCGGUCAGUAGAACUCUCCCACUGCGCUACCUGGAGGCAACCUUCGCCCUGUCCAACAACAAGCAGGGCUCUGCAUACUCGCCAUCCAGUCAGAGGGGGGCUUACAUCAAGAGAAGGAGUGUCACCAUGACUGAUGGGCUGACAACCGAGAAGAUAAUACCUCACAGCCCAUCGACCAUCCACCACCACAAAGACACAAUGCGGAACUGUGCAAUGAGCAUGGAUCAGAUUCAGGAAUACCGCUGUCCUUUGUCACCUGUAGGGGAAACGCCGCUGUCGCCUGCAUAUAGUGCAAUCACUCGUCAGAGAACUCACUCAGGUGGACGUGCCCUGGCGGUGGUCCCGCCCUCCCCGGCGAUGCGCCGUUCCAGCGACCCUCAGCUCAGCCCUUCAGACAGCAACAGCCCUCCAGAUCAUCCGGCAUACACGUCUCACUCAGCACAGUCUUCGCCUGCUCAUUAUCCCAGCUACCAAUCACUUUCCUCAGACACAGCGGGGAGCUACUGUGACCUCCGACCCUGCCCCACCAGCGGCCCUCCCAAACCCCCGGCAAAGAGCUACGUCGAACGAUUGCGAGGGGAAGAAGGGAGGGAUGCAGGAAUGAAGGAGGAAGGUCAUGGGAUGUUUUGCGCCCCACAGGUGGAGACGGCCUCCUCGUUCAGACCAUCCAGGUAUGAGUCAUGCCUUUUGCCUGAGGAGAAUAAGCCGCUGGAGAUGUCAGUGCUGAAAAGAGUCAAAGAGCUUCUGGCUGAGGUUGACGCACGGACCGCAGCCAAACACAUCACCAUGGUGGACUGCACGGUUGCUAGAAUAUUGGGCGUGAGCUCUGAGAUGCAAAGGAUGAUGGGAGUGUCCUCGGGGUUAGAGUUACUGACGCUGCCUCAUGGACACCAGCUGAGACUUGACUUACUAGAAAGGUUCUACACCAUGUCCAUCAUGAUGGCGGUGGACCUGCUCGGCUGUACGGGAACCACAGAGGAGAGGGCGGCUCUGCUCCAUAAAACCAUCCAAUUAGCAGCUGAGUUGAAAAGUAAUCUGGGCAAUAUGUUUGGUUUCGCUGCCGUGAUGAGAGCGUUGGAGCUACCGCAGAUUUCCCGUCUGGAGCAGACUUGGGUUACGUUACGCCAGCGACAUACAGAGGGUGCCAUCCUCUAUGAGAAGAAGCUCAAGCCAUUUCUGAAGAACAUCAAUGAUGGCAAAGAGUCCAGCACCUUGUCCAGCACCUCCUUCCCCCACAUCAUCCCCAUCCUGUCCUUGCUGGAGCGAGGUCUGGCUCUCGGGGAGGCGCUGGAACCCUGGGAGAGUGCGGAGGUUGGAGUAGACGUAGUCAUGUACCAUUUAGAGGCAGCGCGUACCAUUGCACAUCACGGGGGGAUCUACAGAAGUAAUGCUGAGAGCAAACUGCAGGGACUGCAGCAACAACCAGAGAUACAAGAAAUCUUCCAAACAGAGUUCCAGAUGCGCCUACUGUGGGGCAGCCGUGGCUCAGAGGGCAGCCAAUCAGAGCGCUAUGAGAAGUUCGACAAGGUCCUCACCGCCCUAUCACACAAGCUCGAACCACCUGUACGCCACAGUGAACUAUAGCACCCGCCCACCAUCCAUGACUGUCAAAACAUCUUGCGCUCAUCAUUGACAGCGGAAAAAGCUUGUGUUGGAUCAGAAAAACAAUGUGGAAAAGUCCAACACGCACGCCGAGAGGACGUGCAAACAAAUGACGAAACAGGCAGCUAAAAAAGCAUGCGCAGUGAGCAUCAGAGAGAGAGAGAGAACGUCUCACACUGGACUCCAAAUUCUGUCUCUUCCUCUCAGUGGACUUCAUCACUUAGUGCUGAAAUAACUGAAUUGGCAACAGGGCAGAGACGAGCAAAGUGGAGAAUUUGGUUCCUCUGCUCGGUACGAACUGUUACAUGUGUAUGAUGGCCCCCAGGGGUCAAAAAAAAAAAAAAGCGCACACACUCACACAUCCAUGUUUCAAAGAAAAGCUUUCACACACCGUAGCUGAAAUGACAACAAUAACUCGUAUGCAGACGAUAAUCUGUCUGCAUCAGCGUACAUGUGCAUUCCCGCGUUUUUGAAUUUGUUUUCAUCUUAUUUAUUUUUGUUACGAUCAAAGGAUGUGACGACACCCAUCGAUGUUGCCACGCCAUAACUCGCGUCGGUGCUCCUUCCAGGGGAAUAGCGUUCAUAAAAGGUCAUUAAAUAUGAAUCAAGCACUCCCAUUGAAUCCCAUCAAAAAUGCAUUGCACAUUAAUAAAUGUAUCAGAAAUGAAACAUUUGCAGAUGUAAUGCAGCAACUUCAAUAUGGGAGCUUUGUCAGAAUCAUUCAAAGGAUGAAGCCGCUUCACAUGUACGUUUCGACAAGUAGAAUGCAUUUAUCGCACACAAAAUGUAGCCACAGGGGUGAAAGCUGCGAUGUAUUCUCUUUAAAGCUAGCAAUAUUUCACUUUCUAUCACAGUAUAUUAUCAUUUAUGGAGCUGUUUUUCUGUGAAUUUUCGGGGUUCAUGAUGCAAUAUUCAAAUGAGAAUUCAGCACCAGCAGUCUGGAGCUGCAGCUUAUAAAUGUACACCGUUUACAUGCUAUCAAAGGGAAUACUGGAAGGAACAACCAGUGACACAUCCAGAUUUAUGUGACUGGGGUGGCAUGGGGGGGCUGAUUUCUGCAGGGAGUGGCAUGAUAAGGUUGAUGAUCCAUGCAUUGCCAUCUGAGUGAUGGCAAAGUCAGCUUUCUUCUAAAUAAACUCAGUUCUGUGACACCAACCCAGACAACCAAAAUGACAGAAGGUACAUUUCCACUGUCGGAAAUCGGCGUACUUCCUAGAUGUUGCGGAUGUUUACACACUCAAAAAAUGACUCAUUGGAUGAACUCAAUUCACUUAUGUGCA